AUGAUGCAAGUAGAAAGUGCCAAAGCGCCGGAGCCAGUGGUCUCGGGCUCAACUCCGCAUAAGCCGAAGCUAAUGCACGGAGGCGUUCGCGAGGUGCAGGAUUAUUCGAAGUCCACUUGGCUGUUGUUUUCACCGGAGAGAGACGAGGCGGGGUCGUUGGCGCGAUUCUUGAACAUUUUCUCCACGCACGGAGUGAACCUGAGCCACAUAGAGUCAAGAUCCUCCGCGAGGCUGCCCGGUUACGAGUUCAUGGUGGAGUGCGAGCACGGCGCUGGUGAUUUCGGCGCCGCUCUGGAGGAGUUGAGGAGAAACGUCGGUUAUCUUAACAUCAUAUCCAGAAACUACAAGGACAACAGAUGUGCGGUGCCGUGGUUCCCGCGCCGUAUACGCGAUCUGGACCGCUUCGCCAACCAGAUCCUGUCGUACGGCGCUGAGCUCGACUCUGACCAUCCAGGCUUCACAGACCCCGUGUACCGGGCGCGCAGGAAGUAUUUCGCCGAUAUCGCAUUCAACUACAAGCAUGGCCAGCCUCUGCCUCAUGUUCAUUACACGAAAGACGAGAUCGAUACUUGGGGCGUAGUCUUCAGGAAGCUCACGGAGCUUUACCCCACGCACGCGUGUAAAGAGCACAACCACGUGUUCCCGCUGUUAAUUGAGAAUUGCGGCUACCGGGAGGACAAUGUACCCCAGUUGGAAGAUGUAUCUAACUUCUUAAAGGACUGCACCGGUUUCACUCUGCGCCCAGUGGCGGGGCUUCUGUCGUCGCGUGACUUCCUGGCUGGGCUCGCUUUCCGCGUCUUUCAUAGUACUCAGUACAUCCGUCAUCAGUCCAAGCCUCUAUACACACCGGAGCCCGAUGUCUGUCACGAGCUGCUCGGUCACGCACCGCUCUUCGCCGAUCCCGCUUUCGCACAAUUCUCACAAGAGAUCGGCUUGGCGUCCCUCGGGGCGCCGGACGAUUACAUAGAAAAACUUGCAACGUGUUUCUGGUUCACGGUGGAGUUCGGUUUAUGCCGUCAAGAGGGCAAGCUUAAGGCUUUCGGGGCUGGACUUUUGUCAUCAUUUGGAGAACUGCAGUACUGCCUAUCAGACAAGCCAGAGCUGAAGCCAUUCGAUCCCGAGAUCACUGGCGAGCAGAAGUACCCUAUUACGGAGUAUCAGCCCAUCUACUUCGUAGCUGAAAGUUUUGAAAAUGCCAAAGAGAAGAUGAUAAAAUUCGCACAAACCAUUCCACGAGACUUUGGUGUAAGGUACAAUCCUUACACACAGAGCAUAGACAUUCUGGACUCGCCGAGGCAAAUGAAAGAGCUCCUUAAGGAAGUGCAUCAAGAAAUGGAUCUUCUGUUGAACACUAUGGACAAAUUG